AUGACGCCAUUCGCGGCCGCCGUGGAGCAGAGAGGCUUGGAGCCCGGAAUCCCCGCAAGGUGCACACUGACCAAGAUUAUAGUCCAAGAUAAAAUCAUCGUCGCCCCCUUUUUCCUACUCGUCCUCCUCCUCGUUUUACCCCUCAUCCCUGAGUUCCUACGACACCCACGCAUUCUCCGCUCGACACGUGUGACAUUCUCGUUGCAUUCCACUGAUCGUCCGCCAGGUGUCUCCGAUUGCCCUCCAUACCGACACCAGGACCACUUGGAAAGCCUGAUUCUCAAGCACGGCUACCCCACUCCUGUCUCCCUUUCAUCCCUGCGCGAUUUGACGGCCACCUCUUCCUCUUAUAAUCCCCCGUCUCCGCCUCGUCGAUCUCGUCCCUCGGAUCGCUCUCCCGACGCUUUCGACUCUCUUUCCCUCUCUUCUACCCGGCCUAUUCCAAUUCCUAAACGGUCCGGUUCAAUCUACGACGAGGAUCUCCCGGUGACUCCACUCACCGGGCGUUUCGACAAAGCUUCCUAUUUUGACGACUGGGAACGAGCCUCGCUAUCCGCGAAAUCAAGGCAUCUUGCAUCAUCCCGAACUGAUCGCUCCACGCGGUAUUCAAGCAUGCGUUCCGAUAACUCUCCCUUCUACUCUCCGGUUUCCUCACCGAUCAUGUCUCCACAUCGCCCGAGUUCUCCGCAGCCGUCGCGUUCGCGGACACAGAACUCGACCAAGUCCGUGCCGGGCUUCACUCUCGGCUCUCUGCCUCGCUUUCACCCGGCUGUCUAUCAGUCCAGCCCCACAUCUCACGUUGUCACCGCUCAACCUUCUUCUCCGCGGCAAUCCCGCCAGCCCAACUAUCGCACUUCGUCAAGCUCGCGUGACUUCAAAUAUCAGUACCGCGAGUUCCUUGAAGCCAGCCACGAUAGCCCGUCAGCUCCACGCCUGGAUCCUCUUCGCAGUCCCGGCCCGGUGACCCCAUUGGCACUGGAAACCGGUGACUACUUUGCUGCUGGGUCUUUUAGCACGGCUGACCGCUCUUCGCGGGACACGGCAGGCCAGCACGCGGGCCCACCAGCAGACUUGGUGGACAAAGUCAUCGCACGCGAGAAGGAAAAGGCCCGCAAAUCCGCCAAAGGCCGGUGA